GCCUCAGCUGAAGGGUCCCGGGGCCGCGGGGCUGCCCCGGGCCGGCAGAGAAAGCCCCCGGCAGGGCGAGGAGCUGCGGGGGAGGCGAAGGAGGAGUCUGCGAGGGAGCAGGGCGGCCAAGGUCUCAGUCCUCCCAAUAUCUGGUACUGUCUAUGAAGAAGAGAAUUCUAAACGCCUGCACCAUCACUGGUAGCCACACUGAGGGAGCAACCCUUGCAACCAGAGACAUAUAAAUCAUAUUGAGGCUCCAAAUUGGCAGUCCUGAAGACUGGAACUUUCAUAUCUGCACACUAGCAGCUGCUCUGAUUCCAGAGCAAAUGGUGUCAUCUACCAGGAAACCAUGGGGAAUUUCAAAGGGCAUGCCCUCCCUGGAAGCUUUUUCCUUCUUUUUGGCUUGUGGUGGUCAGUGAAGUACCCACUGAAGUAUGCCUGUAGAAAAAACAAGAAUGCUUGCUACUUUGGCUCCAGGGCAGGAUUUCAGCGCCUGGAGUUUGUUGAGGGUAUCAUCAAAGCUUUCUUUGCCCUGAUUGGAAUGGUCGCCGAGCAGUUUGUUCCUGAUGGACCCCAUCUGAAGUUGUAUAAUUAUGAGGAAAAGCACUGGGAUCACUUGAUGAACUGGCAACAUGCCACCAUGUACCUAUUCUAUGGCAUUUCAGGGUUGGUUGACAUCGUGGCUCAUGGGACCAAUGCAUUGCCAGUGGCUAUGGACAGGAUGAUGCUUUCCUUAGCAGUGUUUAUUGAAGGUUUUCUCUUUUGCUAUCACCUUCAUGGGAGAGCCAUGCUGGAUGUUCAUGUUCAUCAGUUAUUGUUGUUUGCUGUCUUUGGAGCUGCUGCCUGCAUAUUUCUGGAAGUUUUCUUCCGUGGCAGUAUUGUGCUGGAGAUGCUCCGUACAAGCCUCUGCAUAUUACAAGGCAGCUGGUUCUGGCAGAUUGGUUUUGUGCUUUAUCCUCCAAAUGGGAGUCCAGAGUGGAAUCAGACUGAUCAUACUAAUAUGAUGUUCCUCACCAUGUGCUAUUGCUGGCAUUACGCCUUCGCUUUUCUUAUACUUGCAGUGAAUUACACAAUCGUCAGCUGGACAAUUCGUUCAAGGGUCAAACAGUCCCAGUCUAUGGAAAUGGGAUUACUGAAAACACCUGAAAGAGACCAAGAGUCAGAAGAUGAAAUUUAGUAUGAAUAUGGCUUGACUAUCCUAUCUGCUCUACCAUUAGGCUAACUGAUACCUCAUUUCUAGAGUUGUUUGCCAUCUUAUUAAUUCUGUAUUACAACUUAUUAUAUAAAUAUCAUCUUUAUUUGUGAAGGGUAAGCUUGAUAUCGAUUUGUGAUGGUACCUUUAGUACCUUGCUCAUCAAAUGCUUCAGAGAAAACCAGACUAAUACUAGACAGACUUAGCCUGGAUGGCAUGAUGAAGUCUGUGUGUUUGCCUCAUUAAAGGCUAAGCAAAAUGAAUGGACUGUGAAAUUUCCAUAGGUAGGGUGUCCAAAUAAGUGUGUUUGUUGCUCUGGGAGUAACUGUGCAUAAAUAACUUUGCAGACCUGGAAAAUGGUAGAACAAGAUAAAAAAAUUAAGAGUCCUGCAGCUGUCUUGUGUACCACUUUCAUGUCUCUGCUAAUGGCUUGAUAUUAAAUGGAACGAACUACUCACUGCAAACUCAUUCAGUGUUUCCUUGAAGAGUAUGUAGUGUGUUCACUCCUGCAGAGGCAGUACCAAGCUUUGUACAAAAGAGCUGUAUGUUGAUCAAAAGUAAUUGCUCUUCUCCAUUCUCAUGCAUAGAUAGUCCUGCCUCUUUGCUAUAAUUUGGCCUAUAAAGGCAAUUAAGUGACUCUGUUUUCCUUCAGCUCCUGGAGCAACUUCCAGAAAGGCCAAGGGGUGUCCAAUGGGGUGGCACCCAGCCACAAAGCCGAUUUCUUUUCCAAAGUUCUUUUCUUUACUUGGUGGAAUUUCAGCAGAGUUCAUAGCAGAUGCACAGCUGGACCCAGUACCCGGGACAGGAGUGGGUAAUGCUGAUCUGUGGGCAGGAUGAAAUGGAUAUGCAUCCUUUUCCUUGUGUCGCCCAUGCUUCUGCCCCUGCAAAUGCCAGGUUGCUUGUACAGUGCUGCAUGGUGAGUUGCAGGAGGGCAGGUGUUGCCUUCAUCAUAGCUUCAUGCCCAGAGACCCACAGAAGUGCAACUUAAAAAAGUAUAUUUUUAAACUACACUUUUUUUCUAUACUAUAACUGAAGUCGUGAUCCAGUGGCACAGAAAGUGCCCCUCCCAGGGCUCAGUGUUGCUUGGGCUGCUCUCCAACCUCAACAAAAGGGAAAGAACUGAUACAUGGCAAAACACAUCAGAAAAUGAUGUUGUGUAUAAGCACACUGCCCUUACAGAGCAGACUUUUGAAACAUUGCUCUGGCUCUACACCUUUUGAAAGGAUUGCACAAGCAGGUGGGCAGGAGGGAGCAUUUGCUGUGCCACUGCAUGUGUGUUCUGCCUUCCAGAGGGCAGAACAUGGGAUGAAUGCUGGUGGCCAUGGGCCGUUUUACAUAUCCAUCAGUGCUAAAGGGAUCAUUCUGGAGAACUGCCCUUUCCUUUAAAAGACCUUCUAAAAAUUUAUUUUCUAAUUAUUUUCAGAAACAGGUUGAUGCAGAACAACAAAUUCUGUUCAAAUAGUACCAGUAUGUCAGUUUCGGUGCUGCAUAAGUGUGUUCCUUCUAUUAUUUGAAAUUUUUCAGAUGCUUCUAAGGAAAUGCAGAGCUGGACUCUGGUAGAUGAACAAGAGCUGCAGGAUCUGGUGCCUCUACUUUUGAAUUUCCCCAUUGUUUUUCUUUUCAGUGUGAACCAGAAGAAUGAGUAGCAUUAAAUUAUUAAUUGCAGUAAGCUGAUUGCCUAAAAAGAUAGGCAAUAAAAUAGUUUGUACUUCACAGGGAUCACAAGACUCAGAAAAAGAAAAAAAAAACAAAGGGCUUUUUCUGAAGCUAUUUCACACGUUCACUUCAUUUUGAGGACCCACUUUUUUCCUUCUCUUCUACAAGCAGCCACUUUCCUUAGUUGCACAUGCUGUUAAAGGUGAAUUUUAGACCUCUGAGCUUAUCAAUGGCUUUUAAAAAUCAAUGAGGUAUUUUAUUAUGAAGAAGAGCUUCAGAAAGUACUUUGCUUCUCAUAGGCAGGAACAAUGCAAGUUUCUUCACUGCUUUUCUUGAUAAAUUAUAUUUAAUAGUGUACAAGUAUUAAGGUGCUGUACCUCCAACGGGAUAACCUAAGCAGGAAGAACAGCCAGAUAAACUGGCUGAGCUCUGAUAUGUCUUCUUAGAAGACUUCGGUUGGCAAUUUAAAAAGUAUUUUAGACCUUUGCCAAGUACCAUGAAGUGACACUUGUAACCAGGUUACAGAUUAUCCAGAUGAAUCUACGUUUGAAAGCAACAAUAGCUGGUUCACAGACAUUUCUAUGGUUAGAAAUGUAAAAUGGGAAAAUGCAGAUGCAUAGCCAAAGAUCACCACUUUUCUUAACAAUUGUUUUACCUUCUUCAAUGAUUUUUCUCUCAAGGACAUUGGAGAUUUUGGCAAUCUUGAAGUUGUCUCAGGACAACCUUGUAAGCAAGGUAUCAGUAUGACAUUUUUGCACUUUUGUAGCACUUCGUCUCAGCUUUGGAGUGUUCUCACUGUAAACUCUGUAUUAAAUUAUAUUCACUCCACUCUGCAAAUCUUAGACUUGAGUUUCAUUACUGUAGUUCCAGUAAAAUCAGGUUUUCUGUCGGCAUAAGCCAUAAUGAAGAUCCAUGGCUUUGCCAAAGAGCUUGCCUGUUAAUUGCAGCAGGGAUACAUUGGCCAAAUGCAGCAUGUCACUACACCCAACCAUAAUCUUACCUUCAUUGCACCACAUCACUCAUGUCCCUGAACUGUUGGGAUUCUUUUAAAGGGUAGGAUUUUUUAUUUUUUCCUUUUAGCAUGAUUGGAGUAUAAAGCUUCUCUGCAGUGCUGGGCAAUGAACACAAUGGUUACAUGUCAAAGAGAACUUGGGGAUUACUACAAAAGUCUGUCAGGAUAAGCCAAAAUCAGUUGAUAAAGUGAGUCUCAUGGGAUUCCACAACCUGAGUGAGCUGUGAAUGCUGAGGGUGCUUAGCAAACUCCCCUUUUGAAAAAACCUGCUUUUUCAGAAACAAAAAGUGCCAGUACUCAAAUACGAUGACCAGAAGAGUGGCUGCCUGCCACUCUUCGUCCUGUGACAACCUUAGCUUGGUGGCUCUGGAUCCAUCUUUACCUGCACCAGGGCAUCAGCCCAGCAGUGGCUGUUGGUCAUGCAUAUUAUUGGGAAAAACCUGAGCAGGACUAAGCCUGCUGAGAGGUAACACCUGUAUCUCCCUCUGUGUCACUGCUGUGAAGCUCCCUUAAAUUAUCAGAGAACUGGAUGAAUAAGCCCAUCAGAAACACCUCCUGGUUUUGGUGUACCCAUGCUUAGCAAAGAUGCCUUUAAAGAAGCACAGCCUGGAAGCUAAUGCAGUCUGACACAGAACUGUAGAGCAGGCUUCUCACAAAAACUCUGUCUUCACGUAAGAGAAGAAAGAUUAUUGCAUUAAUGAGCUUGAAGAAAUGCAAGGGAAAACAGAUCUUGAAGCCUCAAAGAAACAGUAGUCUCUUGGAUUUAAUUUUUAAUACGUACAGAGUGAGUGUCUCAGUGGGGAUUUGUACCUGACGUAUUUUUGGUGCCACAAAAGAAAGAAACACCCCAUUUUUGGGUGAGUUACUGUUAAGCGGAACACCCGACCCAUUCUUCUCUAGCACUGUUCACAAGAGAUGUCCAGGAACAGUAAGAUGUUUAAUAUGAUGAAAGAGGUACAACCUUCAGCAUCUCAUGAGCAACAGAUUAUGCUUGAGUUGAAUGAGUGGAGGGAAGUCUGACAAAUUUAUGAAUGUCACUCAGAAAAAGGUAGCUGCUCUCAAGAAAUUUUAAAUUAUUGAUAAAUAUGGUGCUUUUGAAAAACUAUAUGGCAGUUUAUAAUACACAAGGUAUGCCUGUAAUUUUAUAUAAAUAAAAUUGAUUUAUUCAUAUAA